UGUUGUUCUGGAGGACUGCUACGCCACCCAAUCCCCCAACCCGGAUAACCUCCCGCGGACCUACAUGAUUCAGGACAGGUGUUCUAGAAAUCGUACCCAGGUGACCGUGGAGGAAAGUGGCUCGUCCCUCAGGGCUCGCUUCUCUGCUGUGUUGCAGGUGGACUACCGUUACGUCUUCCUGCACUGCAGCCUCAGCCUGUGUGACCAGAGGAGCUCCUCCUGCACUCCGGUGUGCUCCGGAAGGAAAUCUCGCUCUGUGUCCGAUUCUGUCCUCCUCAAGCCCCUAGCCAUCGGGCCAAUCAGCUGGGCCUAGAGUCUAGAGUGAGCCUUGGGAACCCCCCAGCAUGUCAUAUGAAGGAUGGGGUCCCUCCUCCACUACUCCACUGAUCUCAGACCUACAGCCAAGUAUAACUUUCAAGGGCACAGAAAUACUUGUUUUGAUUCUAGUAAUGAAUUUAUGCACUACAGUGUGAUUUCAUUGUACUGUAUAUGUUGUUUACACAUAGACUUGUAUUGUUUUUGAGGACUGAUCAUUUCCUCAAAUCAUUGUGUAAGUGCCAACCAAACCUGAGUUGCUGUGUGUGUAUGCUGUGAUUUGAUUAUGACAAUAAAUAACUGAUGAUGAAACACAUUAUCUAAUGAUUGUCUAUUUAACAGGUUGGAAACAUAGAUACAUGUCUAUGUUUAUUGUAAGGCAGGAUAAAUACAUAUUUACAAAAGGCAGAACAAUGAGGGAUUGAGGCAGAACAACGUGUGGCUUCUUUGGUAUAGGAGAAAGUACUAAUAGACCAUAGCAGCUUUUAGGAAAGCUGGCUAAACUUGUUAAAGACAAGUGAAAUUCAAGAUACAUGUUUAGUCAAUGUUCUGGACACUUCCUAGGUUGUCUUACUAAAGCAGUAGGACAAUUAGUCAUAUUGGUGUUAGAAAUAGUGCUGUUUAAGUUCCACUGUAGAAGAACACAAUAAAAUACAUCAGAAUGAC